AGCAAGAGCAUUUCUGAGAUGAGGGAGCCUCGCCGCCUCUUCGGGUGCUUUUCUCUGGGCCUGUUGAUCCUCUUGUGGCUGCCAUCUUUGUUAGUCGCCAUUAAGCAUUUCCGCGGUGGCUCUAUUGGCUACGAGGUUCUCGACUUUUCUGAUCCAAGCUCUUAUCUGAUUCGAUUCACUGUCAUUACUGGGUGGAGACUAGGGCGAGGACCAUGUGGACCAAAAUGUUCUGUAGGAGACAUUGGUCGUUCUACGGAUACCCAGCGACAUCUGAUGACUACCAGCAAUCCUGAGUACUUCGGUUCUUGGACACUUGAGGUAACCAUCUCUCCCUGUCUGGAUGUGUGGCGAUAGACUGACUACUGCUACAGGCUACCUAGAAGUUAAACAUAUCCCGCCCCCCCCAAAAAAAAACACCAAAAAAACUAUAAAAAAGAAGAAAAAAAAAAGAAAAAAAAGUUUGUCUUUAUACAUCACCACGGUCACAGUCUUUUGUAUCAUACAUGUGUUGAUGGAUGCUCAU